UAAAUAAGGAGAGCUGAGGGGAGAUUGGAGUUGGACCAUAGGGGUUGCCGUGUCAAUUUUAUCUAAUUUUCCAGUUGCAGUUGAUAGCUAUCGGAAUAGGUAUUGGAGGUGAAGUGGAGAUGGGAAAAUCUACUGCGUUCAAGGAAACUUACUCGUUUGAGGAGCGAUGCCAGGAAUCACAGGACAUCAUCGCCAGAUACCCCGAUCGUCUCCCUGUGGUAGUGGAAAGAUAUACAAAAACCGACCUUCCUGAGAUGGAAAAGAAGAAAUAUUUGGUACCCCGGGACAUGUCAAUUGGGCAAUUUAUUCACAUACUUAGCGGCAGGCUCCAUUUGACUCCUGGAAAGGCUCUAUUCGUAUUCGUGCACAACACAUUACCUCAGACAUCCAGCCUGAUAGAGUCGGUUUAUGAAUCAUUUAAGGAUGAGGAUGGCUUCUUAUACAUGUGCUACAGCAGUGAGAAGACAUUUGGCAGCAGCACUUCAUUCUAAUUAUAUAUAAGUUGUAUAUUAUUUUACUGGAAUGUGUGAAAUGUGAAUUGUUAAAAAGCCUAGUUUCCCUUGUAUAUUUAUUGCAAGUAUUGUUUGUGGUUUAUCAA